AUGGGAGAUUUGGUCAAUCUUCGCCAUCUUGAUAUUAGAGGUGCAAGACUUAUAAGAGAAAUGCCUUUGGGAGUGAAAAAACUGAAAUGUAUUCGAACUUUAUCUAAUUUUGUUGUGGGUGAAGGUGUCGUAUCUAGUUUGAAAGAUUUGAAAGAAUUAAAGUUUAUUCGUGGAGAACUUUAUACUUCAAGGUUAGACAAUGCAACUGAUUGUCAUGAAACAAGAGAUUCUAUAUUGUGUGAUAAGAAGGACUUGGAAGUGUUAGUGCUAGAAUGGAGUUCUUCUCAUGCUUCACGAGACGAAGAAGUUGAGAAAAUUGUUCUUGACAUUUUACAACCCCAUACAAAUCUUAAAGAGCUCACAAUCAAUAACUUUUGUGGCAAAAAAAUUUCAUCUUGGAUAGGAGAUCCAUCAUUCUCUAAUAUGGUUUCUCUGAAAUUGGAUGGAUGUGAAAGUCGCAAGACCUUGCCUUCCAUUGGGCUAAUAGGCUCACUUAAAAACCUCACCAUCAAAGGGAUGAAAAUGCUUAAAAAAAUAGGUGAGAAUGGGAGCAUUGGGAUCCUUUUGAAGAAAAGGAGCAUGUUGAAAGGUUCUCUUGUCUCAAACAGCUUUCCAUAUCACGAUGUCCUAAACUCUCUGAAAGAUAGAUUACCUAACCGUCUUCUUUCAUUAGAGAAACUUGUUAUUACAAAUUGUGAGCAACUGGUGGUUUCGUUCACAAGCUUCUCAAUGCUCUGCCAUUUAGUAAUAGAAAGGUGCAAAAGCGUGUUAUGCAAUGGUCCAAUUGACUCCCGAACACUGAACCCUCUUCCUUUAUUGGAGACUGUUGUGAUUGAUAAAUGUGAGGAAUUAGGGAUUUCUCUCUCAAGCCUUCCAGUGCUCCGCUCGUUGAAUAUAAGAAGAUGCAGCAAAGGCAUGGAAGAGCUCACACAUUUGUGGGGAAAUGAGAUUUUUCUUGAGAAGCCACUACAAGGUUCCCAGAGCUUCACCUCUCUUAAAGAGCUGUACAUGGCAGAGCUUCCGAAUCUUGUUUUGUUUCCAGAUGGUUUGCUUUCCAUUCCGAAAAAAGUUGAAAUUAGUAGAUGUCAUGCUAUCACAUCAUUACACGGGGGGUUGAAGCACAACAAUGCACGUGUUGAGCACUUACCAGACCUUCCAUCCUCGCUUCUGGAACUAUGGGUUUCUGAUUGUCCUUUGCUGAAACAACGUUGCAAAAGGGAUAAAGGACAAGAGUGGCCCAAGAUAACGCACAUCCCUUGUGUUGAGAUAGAUAACAAGUUCAUUUACGAUCCAGAGGAAGAAGAAUGA